AUGACCCUCCCACGAGUGCCGUUUUCUGAUAGCGCAGGCAUUGUCCUCUCCACAGGGCCUCGCGUCGUCCACUUCCGCCGCGGCGACCGCGUCUGCACGCUCUUCAACCAAACGCACCAGUCAAACCCCAUCACGCGUGACUCCAUGAGCUCUGGCCUGCGCGGCACCCUCGACGGCACCCUGUGCAAGUACGCUGUGCUGCCCGAGCCAGGCCUCGUCAUGGCGCCCAGCAACCUCAGCCCCAUCGCCGCCAGUACGCUUAGCUGCGCGCACCUGACGGCCUGGAAUGCGCUGUAUGGCCUGACGCCGCUGAAGCCGGGAGAUGUGGUGCUGACGCAGGGAACGGUUUGCGGUGGCGGCUGGCGCGAUGGUGGUGGCCACGACAUCGUCGGAGGAGAAGGCGCUGCGGCUGAAAAAGAUGGGCGUUCAGCACGUGAUUAA